AUGUUAUAUUUUUCGACAGUUUUGAGAAUGAAAGAGAAAAAAGUGCAAUGGAGUAUUUUGAAAACAAAUAUCUAUCAAAUGGCAAUUCUGAAAGGUUUGUCAUGGCAAUCGCUGAAGGCGAAUUAUUCACUGAUACCGCUGUUUUCCAUCGUCACAAUUGGUAUGGCAAUGGCAGCUGGACAUGCAUUCCGUAGUCUGGCGUUUUCAACGGAUGUCAAAGUGAAUCGACGUAACCCGGAACGACCAUGGGAAACCCAAGUGAAUGAUGAUGGCUCGUUCAAACACGCCAAAUAUCUUAAACUCAAUGACUACCGUCAACUCAAGAAGAGCGAAUAUGAACCCGAGCUCGACGAGUAG